CUGUGGAGGGAGGUCUCUGUUGGCACACACACACACACACACACACACACACACACACACACACACACACACACACACACACAGUUCCCACAUGUCUACUAAGGAAAAGUUGAGGUGCUGCUCUGUGAUCCUGCUCAGGAACAGAUUCAAAGCUUUACACAGUUACAAGAAAGAGAGGUGAGCAUGUCUUCCUGUGUGGCAAAGUCCAGAAGCAAGAACCCGUACGCAGCAGUGCAGGUGGACCCGGACAGUGACUACAUCACACCGGGAACAUUAGACCUGGAGCAGCUGUUCUGGUCCGGCACCGGGGCUCAGUACGCCCAUGUCAACCAGGUCUGGCCCAACAUCUACAUCGGGGAUGAGAAAACAGCUCUGGAGCGGCCUGGCCUGAGGGAGCUGGGUAUUACACAUGUCCUCAAUGCAGCGGAGGGAAAGUUUAAUAAUGUACUGACUGGUGCUGAUUACUACACGGACAUGGACAUCCAGUACUUUGGUGUGGAGGCUGAUGACAAACCCACCUUCAACAUCUCCCAGUACUUCUGCCCUGCAACCCAGUUCAUCCACGAGGCCCUCAGUCAACCGCAGAACAAGGUGCUGGUGCACUGUGUGAUGGGUCGGAGCAGAUCAGCGACUCUGGUCUUGGCAUACUUGAUGAUGAAAUGCAGCUUAACUGUGGUGGAUGCUGUUGAGCAUGUGAAACAGCGCCGCUGCAUUCUGCCCAAUCACGGCUUCCUAAAGCAGCUCAGAGCACUAGACAUCAUGUUACAAGAGGAGAGGCUGAGGCAAAAAAGAGAGAUGCAACAACAAUAGUUAACUCUGUUAUCUCUGUUUACCACUUUGAUUGUCCUCUGAAUCCAUCUCAGGUAUAUGAAAAUGUUCUUUUUGUUUCUUUAACUACUGUGUCAUUAAACUCUGUUUUGUUUUUCACAACUGUGUCAGGUGUACAAGUACACCAGUGUGAAUACUGUUAAGUGUGUGUACAGGUCUGAACAUGGUGGUAGCAGAAGGUUUUGAUGCAUAGAAUAUUAGCUGUAAUCUCAGAGACAGCUGCAUGAAGUGCCGGUACAAAUGCACCAGCUUCUGUGUUAGUUUCUUUGCUAGCUUGAUGGCUAAGCUCCUCCGGCUCGUCGAAUUUGGCUUUCUUCUGUGCGACAUGUUGUCCGACUGCCUCAGAAAGUAGUUAACACUCAUCACGUGUUUAGGAAUUGUUCAAGUCAAGGAAAUAGUCUGUUUGUAGGUUAUAAUGUAGAAAGAUAGUGUAAUGGCACACAAGCUCGAUUGAACGUGACCUCUCUUUAAGCUGCCAUCUUGAGAACCCUUGAUGCAUAGAACAAAAGUUUAGAGUUGUAGCUGCUAGUCAAGAGGUUUCCACUUAUAUUAUCGUGAAACUUACAGAUCUACUGUAUACUACUGGAACUAAGAAGCCUCAGAUUUAUCACUUCUGUUGCCUCAGCAUUUUCUUGUACUACAGAUUUGAAUGUUGAAAUGAGUUUUGCACAGAGAUCUAUAAGGAAUACUAUUUACAUCUCUUACUAAGAAUUAUCUUUGAUUUAAAGGGGACCUAUUAUGCUUGUCCUUAUUUCCUGUCUGGCUCCAGAUCGUUCUGGAUGCUGUUUUUUUCUACUUUCAAGACAAGACAGCUACACUGCUGCAUGCUAACAUCAGUGAAACAUGUAUUUUUAUUAACGAUAUUCUUAAAUCCUCCUGAUUUCAGAUCAUAUUCCUGCUGGAACAUGUCCAGUUGUAAAGUUUUCGACUUGGAAGCUUUUAUUGGUGGGUUUUCAUGGUAAAAAUUGGUGCUAUACUGUAACCAGAGCGAUAGAUAAGAACAAAAGUCAAACUUUAACUUAAGUUUAAACAAGUUUUUUGUGUUCUUAUCUAUCGCUCUGACUGUGACCAAUUAGAAAGAGGGGGCUUAAAGAGACAGGCACUAAAAUGGAGCGAUUCAGACAGAGGAUGAGUACAGGUGUUCCAGCACAGAUGAUAUGAGGACAAUAAAGUAUUUUUUGACCAUAAAGGCACGUAAACAUGUUCUUGUAGAGACCAAAAAUACAAGCAUGAACCUAAAAAUCAGCAUAAUAUGGGACCUUUAAAAAAACAUAAAAAAAGAGAUCUGAUUUAAAGAAAUUCUGAGGGUUAAAGCCAAGUGGUAACCUCUGGGACUGAAAAAACAUACACCAAUGCAGACAUGCGAAAAAUUCCACUUCCUCUACUGGCCACUUUAAGCUGGUUCCCAAAGCCAGUCUCCAUAUACACUCAUGCUAAAAUGCUUUACAGCAGAAAUAAACAUGUUCACAACCUUCCUUUCAAAGUUGUGAAAACUGUGCAGGGGGUGAUUUUUUACAUCACUCAUCUGUUCACAUUUUAUUGAGGCAUAGAUGCUUUGAGUGACAGGUUGUCUAAGGAGUCACCAUAGUCAAAGAAUCAGAUCCACCCCUCACUGCUCCACAGCUCCACAGCUCCACCCUGUUAUCCAAAUAUGGUCACCUCUGGUUCCACAAAUCCAAGAUAGCGACUGGGUGAUGUCACAGUGGCUACAUCCAUCAUUUUUAUAGUCAAUGGUUAAAACAUCUAAAAAGGUUAGUAAAUAACAUGGAAGAAAGACGGAGUAAUAUGAUUGUGGUUGUAGGUUUUAUUUGUGAAUUUUAGGCCUCACAGUCUAGCUCAGAGAUGGGCAACUUGACCGUGAGUGAGACCAGGAAUAAAUUAUCAAAUAAGGCUUUUUGGUGUAUCUAAGCAUGUAAAAAGAAACCACCUAUUUAAUGGAGGGACAAUACUAUCAGGUAUGCAAGUGUCACAACAACUCUUGGUAGUAUUCAGAAAAUGUACAUCUUGCUUGAGUACAUCUAUAUUCAGUAUAAUGGCAUUCAAGUAUUCAGUGUUGUUCACACCACAUGACACAGACUUGGGCUUCAUACUAUACAUACUAUAUUGCAAGAGGUCAACAUAAACUGACAAAGAACAGGAGCUACUGAUGCAGGUGAAAAACAAACAGCAGGAGUAAGGGCAGUUUUAAUACCCACUGAACAGUCAAAUGUGUUAUCUUUUCACCUCACAUGCAUUUGCAUGCAAGAUGUGCGUCCACCCCCGCAAGCCACCAGUUGCCCAUCACUGGUCUAGCUUGCAAGUUUCCCUGCACAGACGACUGCAGGUUCACAUUAACACCUGUAGGCUUCUGCAAACUUUGUAAUAUUUACAAAGACGGGAAGGAACAAAAGGCACUCAAUAGAAGCACCAGCCCAAAAAACAGCAUGAGGAAAGACACACGUGCACAAUAGUGAUGUUGGCAUUAACGUCUUGAUAGCACUGACACAGUGAAGCUGACAUCCCACAGUCAUCACGAACUUACUGGGCAGAGGCUUUUUCACAUUUAAAAAGAGUGUGCGUAAAAGAAAAA